UCCGGUGAUCCAGCUGUACCAGCUUGCAAGUUCAGAUUCGGACAUUUUUCCUGGUUGGAGAUGGGGUGGGGGGGGAGGUGGUGGGUUAUGUAUCAGUGCUUCGGAUUGGCGGUAGAAUGGUAGAGGUCUUUCGUCUCUUCUACUUUCAGGUAUGUCCAGAGAGCGCCGAUCCGAACCGGCCAACUCUUGUUGAACAAGUUGGUGGUGAAACGAAGGUAAACCAACAGAGUGCUGCUGUGCAGAUGGACGUUGAAGAAGGUGACGUGCCGUUAUAAGAAAGAAAAAAAAGGAAAAAGGACAAAUAAAAAACAGUUGGAG